CAAAUUAUUGAUUUCUAGAAGUGGAUCUAGCUGGGGCAAUGCAGUCGCUGCCGGCUCAUAUAAUCCUUUGUUAUUAUAGAGGAGACCUAUGAAUUUAAUAUUAUUUUAAAAAAAAAGUAAGGAAGAAUGAGUAGUCUUACCAAUGAAAAUGGAACUUAUCUCUUGUUUCCAUACAUUCUUUUUAGAAAAACGCUUUGCUUACUGUGUUUACACAAUAUUCCAUUUCAUACUGAUCCCAUGAUGCAGACCCAUCAUUUCCUCUGUGCUCUACUCUGCCUCUCCGUCGUCCUACCCUCUGCCGGAGAGCUCUGUCACCCAGACGACAAGAAGGCCCUCCUCGAAAUCAAAAACCACUUCGACAAUGCCUAUGUGUUCGCCUCCUGGAGCCCCGACACGGACUGCUGCACCAGCUGGUACAUCGUCAAGUGCAACGAGACCACCAACCGUGUCGUCUCCCUCGAGCUCUUCAUGGGCGGCCUCCCACCGAGCCAGAUUCCCCCAGCCAUUGGCGACCUCCCCUACCUCCGUAUCCUGACCCUCCAUAAGCAGCCCAACCUCACAGGCCCUAUCCCUCCCGCCAUCGCCAGGCUCACCAACCUCGAGUACCUCACUCUCACCUGGAACAACCUCACCGGUCCUAUCCCCUCCUUCCUCAGCAAGCUUCAGAAACUCAUCUUUCUCCAACUCUCUUUUAACAACCUUUCUGGCUCCAUCCCGAGCUCCCUCUCAAACCUCCGCAACCUUGCAGCAAUCAGCCUCGACCGCAACAAGUUAACAGGCACGAUUCCUGACUCUCUUUCCGCCAUCAAAGGUAACAGCCUGUACCUGCAACUGUCUCACAAUGAUCUCAUCGGCAAGAUCCCAGAGUCAUUUAAGGACGUGGACUUUGGACAGGUGGAUGUGUCGCGGAACAAGCUCGAGGGGGACAUAUUCAUGUUCUUCGGGGGGAACAAGUCCACGCAGAUCUUGGACUUCUCAAGGAACCAGUUUCAGUUUGACAUGUCAAGGCUGGAGGUUUACCCGAGGCUUGCUUAUUUAAACGUGAACCACAACAAGAUCUAUGGGAGCAUCCCUGAUGAGAUGACCCGUUUGCCUGAGCUGCGGGGGCUUAACGUGAGCUACAACAGGUUGUGUGGGCGGAUCCCAGUAGGAGGGCAGAUGCAGAGUUUCGACUACACAACCUACUUCCAUAACCGGUGCUUGUGCGGGGCCCCUCUCAAUGUAACUUGCAAGUGACUGUAUCGUUGGGGGCAGCCGCUGGGAGGACAGGCUGGCUGGGCCUGGCCGCCGUAUCCGGUUGCUUAAUCUUUAAUGCUCCUCCACUGUUCCAUGAGAGUCAGAAGCAUGCAUUAUCCGGUCCAAAAGUCAGAACUAAUACUUGUGAAGUCAACGUUGCACUUUUGGUCUUCCCUAUCUGUCGGGCCAUGUACAACCAUAUAUGCUGAAAUUGAAUGGCUAAUCAUAUGAUAA